UAAAUACUGAGUAAAAUUCGCUUUAUAUCAGGGUAAACUAUUAUUUAUGAUACAGAUAAACUCCUAAAGCAGCAGAACACACUGCACAGCGCGUUAAUUACAUUUUAAUUUGUCUUUAACACUGGGCAGAUGAGCAGGAUACAGUGCAUCGGGACGUCCUCCAAAGUCCCAUCAAAGGAUGCAGAAGCUGGAAAGCCAGGAGUCCUCAGCUCCAGAGAUGCACCACUGAUUAAAUCAAUCCGGUCAAAAAAACAGCCUCAGAAACCCAACCUGAGCGCACAGACAGAGGGACAGCAGCCGUCAACCAUCAUUGAGAGAAGACCUGACGAAGGAAAUGUGGACAGGCCUCAGAAACCCAACCUGAGCGCACGGACAGAGGGACAGCAGCCGUCAACCAUCACUGAGAGGAGACCUGACGAAGGAAGUGUGGACAGGAUCACGGUGGAUCCAGAGCCGGCCUCAGAAACACAGAGUGCACAGCAGGAGAGCAGUUUUAAAAAGACAACAGCCAAGCACAGACCUUCACGGGGCGAGACGCACGCUGGUUUACAGGCUCUGUCACCAGCAGACACGAGCACGCUCAGACAAGAAAAAUCACCUAAACGCUCCGCUCCUGUUGGUACAGAAGAGAAGAAUGUAAGUGCAGAGUGUGUGCAGAAGAUACAUGAACCUGGAGUCCAAGUGCAGCAAUAUCUUGGAGCACCAGAGUGUGGAACUGGCCGAGGCACAAGUGAGGCAGAGAGCGGAGAUGAGGAUGAGGAUGAGGACACGGCUGAAUUUCAUGCUCCCAUUGAGCUGCUUGCAGAGUUCCUAAAGGCUGUGAUGGAAAUGAAGUACAAACUAGCAAAGAAACUCUGCCAAAUGAUUCUUAUUUAUGAACCAGAGAACCCUGAGGCCAAACACUUCCUUCCUCUGAUUGAAGAGAGACUACUGAUAGUUCCAGAAGAAGCACAGGAUGGCUCCAGUAGUGAAGACAACACAUCUGAUGAUGAUGAUGAUGAUGAAAGCACCAGUGGUAGUGGUGAUGAUGAUGAUGAUGAUGAUGAUGAUACAGACACUGAUUCAGAUGGAGAGAACAGCUGCUCAUCAUCAUCUGACAGAGAGGUGGAGGACAUUAGCCAGCGGUGAAGUGUGUCUCCUCAACAGCUGUCUAAACCUGUUCCAGCUGUUUUGUUUAACUGGAUUUUAAUACACUUG